AUGUCCGCCGCCGCUGGAUCCUCUCCACCUCCUCCGCCCCCUAGCGGCAAUUCCAACAAGAACACUGGCCAUGGAUCUUCUUCCUACCCCAACCUCAAGAUCCCUCUCUCAGGAGACGGGAGCACUCCCCAGAAGGCUGCUUGGGCAGGUAUCAUGUUUCAACCACCUGGUAUCACCAAGAACUACGUCGUCGACGGCGUUGGCCUCUUCCCUCGAUACCGUCGUACCCGCGUCGAGGAAGCGCGUGAAUAUGCUCGACUGUCGUAUACAAUCCUCGAUGGGGAGACCUACGAGGUUAUCCCCGAGUCUCAUAUCCCUCCGGGUCCCAUUGGCAACCCCUCUAUGCCGGCCGCUGCGGGUAUCGUAGCUCAGAUGCAGGACAUUGCGGCUCACGAGAACGCACUUGCGACGGGUUCGGGGGCAGCAACUGAUGCUUACAACGCGCUUCAAGUUCACCACGGUGACGCGUUUGUAGACGACAACGACAACACCGGCAACUCAUCGGAAGACGCUGCCGAAUCCUCUUCAGACACGUCUGGCGACCGCUCGGCUGGUGCCUCUUCUACAGAGUGA